GUCCCCCUCCACGCUCUCUCUCUCUCUCUCCAAAAAUGCUAGGAAAGAAAAUAAGUUCAGUCAAGAAACUAGCAAAGAAAGUGAAAGUACGCGGCAACCCAAAUCCAUCCCAAAAAAAAUGUCUUCUCCAAACCAAAUGCGACGAUCACGAAGAAGAAGGAUCAUCAUCGGCGUCGCCGGGGACACCAACUGGGCAUUUUGCAGUCUACGUGGGGGAGGAGAGGCGGCGGUUCGUGGCGCCGAUAGGGUUUCUCUCUCAUCCGCUGUUCAAGAUGCUGUUAGAGAAAGCUUAUGAUGAGUUUGGGUUCGAGCAGAGAGCUGGGUUGGUGGUUCCUUGUAGCGUGGCGGCGUUUCAAGAGGUGGUGAGUGCUGUUCAAUGCUGCAAUGCCAAGUUUGAUUUUGGACACUUGGUUGAAGAGUUUAUAUAAAAUAAAAUUUAUGGGUUGUUUGAAGUGUC